AGUUCCCAUCUCCCAGUCCUAUCGCGUAGCCCACACUCCACCCUAUCGCGCCUUCUCUUCCAUCGCCACGGCCCACACUCUGCCGAGCGCGUCUCGAUCCCCUCCGCCUUCUCUCCCGUCCUCCUCCUGCCGAGCCACGCCGUGCCUUCCCGAUCUCCUCCACGUUCUCUCCCAUCCUCAUCCCUCCGAGCCGUGCCGUGCCUUCCGGUCGCGCCCGACGCCACCCCUUCCCAUCCCCUUCCUUUUUUCCUCUCACCACUCCCGAUAUGAUCGAUUAAAUCCAAUAGGAUGUGAAGUUCAUCUUGAUUCAGCUGUGGGGGUUGAGGGGAGGGGAAGCUCGACAGUCGGCUGGAGUUAACCUCAUUAGGGUGUGGUUGUUGAGGGGAUAGAGUGCAGCCAAGGGAAACAUCCCGUCGGGCAAGACCCACGCUGUGUCGCUGGCGACGUCUUCUCCCCCAGAUCCGUCCAGGUCCGGCAGUUAGGAGGACCGCAACCAGAAGCGCUGGCACAUAACCUGAGACGAUAUGGCACCACGGAGCGGUUGGCACUUGUAAGGUCACAAGAGCGACUUGUACGUAGGAAUCCUCAAUCUGAACAAACGAUUUCCCUCCGCCGGUCGACAUCGUCAUGGUCUCCACCUGAAGCCGCAUGAUACAAUCUGCGUACAACUCCUGCACGGCAGAACUAACUCAAGAUCUCAAAAACUCCUAAGUUGGACUACAUGUAAUGCAAAAUUACACAUAGAUGGCUGGUGGUCGCACCUAUUGGGACAAAGCCCUCACAAAGAUAUUCCUCGACUUAUGCAUUGCUGAGAAGACAAAGCGCAAUCACAACAAGAAGGGUCGUACCAACAUAGGUUGGCAGAAUUUAUAUCGCAAUUUCAGAGAACAAUCAGGCAAGAACUAUGACAGUAAACAGCUUCAAAACAAAUUUAGCACCUUUAAGAGACAAUACAAGCUAUGGAAGAGCCUAAAGAAUAAGAGCGGAGGUGGGUGGGACAACAAUUCUAGCACCAUAAGGUGCGAUGAUGAUUGGUGGGAAGACCGUAUUGAGGAGAAUAGGGAUGCCAGACAGUUCCGUGGAAAGCCGCUUGAACAUGAGGAUGAGCUGACUACUCAUUUUGGUUGCAUGGACACCGAAGAAGGUACAAUGUUGUGCGUAGGUGGUAUUGGCAAGAGAACACCAAGCAGUGGAAGCGAUGACAACCUUACUCCGAUGUCUAACGACAAUGUCGGCUUGUCUAGUGCUGGCCGUGUGGCUUAAAGGGCAGGGAAGGAGCAGGUGGUUGACCGCCCACCACCCAAGAAGAGUAAAAAUAUGGAGUACUAUGUAGGGUGCGUAUCAGAGAGUAUGCUCGAAAGAAGCAGGAAUGAAAGCAGUGUGCUCAGGGGAGAGCAAGAUGAGAUAAAAGAAUUGCUGCAACUUGUAGAAGAGGAUGGUGUGGCUCAAGGAUCUGAGUUGUAUUUCAUAGCUACUGACCUAUUUAGGUCAGCUGCACGAUGGGCAGCUUUUAGGUGUAUUUACCCUGCAGAGAAUCGUAAAGCAUGGCUCCGAUGGACUUGGGACAAUGCUAGGAAAAAGUGAUACCAGUCCAUGCUUAGUUGUCGCACACGGUGUUUGAUUGUAUAUACCCAUCGCCAACACGACGUGGCAUUAUGUAAUCGGUUGUUUGACCUUGGCAUACUCUUAUGUUAUGCAUUAUGACCUUAUUUGCUUUGCUACUUUAUCAUAUAAAUUUGUAUCAGUCGGCUAGUCAUUUCAUAUA